AUGGGAGUAAAAUCUCAAACAACAUUACCAAAUGUAGCCAAUUCAUUUUUAGGUGCCAAUGACACUGGUAUUUCACAUUUCCCAUCAUUUUUGGGAUUAAAGAUGCAUAUUCGUUGUUAUGCCAAUGUAACAUCUGCCAAUCAAAAGGGACCUAUUGCCUUGUUUGACUCUGGUCUUCCAUUCUUUUCGACUGCUUGGGUGUCUGUCAUUCCAUCGGUCUUGGAAAACAUGCCAGCUUGGAACAUUAGCAAAGCUUGCUUUAUGGACCGUUAUGGUAUGGGAUGGUCUGAUGCUUCUCCAUUCCCAAUCACCACUCAAGACUAUGCCAUGCGUCUCCGUGGGUCACUCCAAGUCGCUGGUUUGACUGGAAAGUAUGUCCUCGUCGGUUGGUCAUGGGGAUCGAUCUUUGUCCAAACCUACUCUCUCGCCUAUCCCAAGGAUGUCGUCGGUAUUUUGACAGUCGAUGGAACUGACUCUCAAUGGGGAUUCAUCCACGCCAACCAACAAGCCGUCAUUGGUUUAACCAACGUCUUCUCUGGCUACAUGAAUAUGAAUAGUAUGGGCACUCUUGAAGCUUUGUCCGAGACUGGUGCCGUCCCACUUGGUCAUGGUUGGUUCAAUAGUGGCUCUGCUUAUUUCCCAGAUUGUGCAGUCAAAGCUACCCAAGACAUCUUUUUGACCAACAAGAAUCUCAGAGCCUCUAUCCAAGAGUACAACAUCAUGGUGCUCUCAUCUGCCAUGCUCAACUUUACCUAUACUCUCAAGGGUGACACUCUCAAGGACUUGCCAUACGUCAACCUCUUUGCUAGCCACGACCAAGACUGGAUCAAUCGUCAAACCUACAUGGCUUCACUCUCGUCCAACUCUAUGACCCUUCCAGUGGUUCCAGCCAACCAUUUCGUACCAUUUGUAAAUCCAGAUGCCAUUGUCUCUGCUCUUGCUGCUCUCUCUAAUAAGAUCAAAACCAAUCCUGCAAAGAUUUGGGGUCGUGGAUUAUUCUAA